AUGACUUCCCUAAUCUUCGGUUCCAUUUAUAUGGGGCAUAAGACCCUCAUGAAACACAAGCGGGACAAACAACGCCAGAAAAACUAUGAGCGAUGGGAAGGUCUGCGCGACGACUAUGACGAACAAAGAAAGAUAACUCGCGAGUCUCGGUCGUUGGACAUCCAGCGAACUGGGGGAACUAGCUUUGGUGAUGAUACCGAUCGACCUAUUCUCACUCUGCGGGAUCAACAAGAAGCAGGCGAUGCUCGUGGCGCCUGGCGGCCUCAGGAGACCGAAGACGGACCCGGAUCCCGGUUACCCGUUACCGACAAUCGACGGUUGAGCGUCGAGGUCACCUCGGGUUCAAACUUGAGACCCCUAACAGGCCACAAAACCGGGACAACUUGGGAUGAAGGCCUCCCACAACCUCUGAGAGUGGCCCGUCGGAACUGGGAGGAUCAUCAAUCUCCCGGCGCAAAUGUGAGCAGAAGCAGCAGCCUACGCAACGCAAGUGGUGUCGACACGCCAGACCGUCACACUUCCAGCAACGCACCAUCAGGGAGACCCUCACCCGUGGCAGAACUGGCAGCACCGGCCACUGCUCCUCAUCCGCAUGCGUCUAGGGCUUUUAGUACUCCUGCCGAGCUCCCGCACUAUCAGAGCGUUGAGCCGAUCCAGAACGAGAGGCCUGGAGGCAUGAUGGCCGAACUGAUUGAGCUGGGCGACACUUCUCGACCGGCUCCCUACUCUGCCCAGCACCCACCACCACAGUCAUUUGGUGGGUAUCAGUCCAACCCGUACGGCUUCCAGGCUCCAACUGGACAGCCGCCCGCUCAGCCGGCUGAUGGCGGUAUGCAGGAAUGGUGGAAUCAGCCGCGAUAG